AUCUAUUUAUUUAUUUACUUUUUAUACUUUUCUAGACGUACAUAUUGUCUAUUGCACACGAUAAUUAUAUUUAAUAUUACUAUUAAAAUUAACAGCAAUAAAUUAACUAUUUUAUUGACGGGUUGAUAAAAAGGUCCCAUUGCUGAUGGAUGACGAUACUGUUGCUUUUGGAGAAGAAGAUGAAGUACGAAGUGGAAAAUUGAAGCAUCCAUAUGUGACAUUUUUCCACCUGGCAUUUAGGUCAGCAGCGAUAAUAGUUUACAUGUUUUGCACCUGGUUCUCUGACAGUUUCAUUGCCAGUUUUGUUGUCGUCGUUUUGUUGCUGUCGAUGGACUUCUGGACAGUCAAAAAUAUAACCGGUAGACUAAUGGUUGGAUUGAGAUGGUGGAAUUACGUCGAUGAUGAUGGAAAAAGUCACUGGGUCUAUGAGUCACGAAAGGGUCGUCAGCAGAAUCGCAUCAACCCGUCGGAGGCACGGAUAUUUUGGCUGUCGUUGAUAAUCUGCCCGCUGUUGUGGUGUUUGUUUUUUAUAGUCGCGUUGUUUGGACUUAGAAUAAAAUGGCUGCUGAUUGUUUGCAUCGCCACGAUGCUAAAUGGCGCAAAUCUUUAUGGAUAUAUCAAGUGCAAAAUGGGCAAGGAUCAAAAUUUAUCUGCGGCGACGAGCGAUUAUUUUAAAAAACAAGUCUUGCAAAAUGUUAUGUCGUCGAUGAUGACCAAGAGCCCGCCAACGGCACCUAGUCAGUCGCCAUCUUCCAUGAUCUAAUGAAACAUUCGCGUAAUUAAAUAUAAAUGAAACUACACAGAGUUUAUCAUAAAUAAAAAUUGUAAAUAAUUACUCAUAAAUAAUGACUGCGUUUACUAGCGCGCAAGUGAGGAAAUAAAAGAUAAUUAUUGGCUACUAAUUGGCUAAUUACUUAUGAAGGAUAAUAAAUAAAUAAGAGAAGACAUUA